CCCGAUUGCUACCGGUCUUAAACAAAAUGAUCCCUUUAGGCUAGAAAGUUGGGCAGGUGGUGAUGAUGGAUCGGAUAAGGUAGAUCCUGAAAAAGCAAAAAAACUGGAGGAACAAAAACGAACUUCUGCACAAUGGAUCCCGUUUUUGCUCAAAUCUGAGCUUAUAAUCCGCGCAGGACCUAUUAACAAGCGUAAAGGUCUUUUCUCUAAAAAACGCUUACUAAUUUUAACGGAUUUCCCCAGAUUAAUAUACGUUGACCAAGAAAAAAUGGAGCAAAAGGGCGAAAUAUAUUGGAGUUCCAGGAUGGUAGUCGAGUUGAAGACUAAAAAGACAUUUUUUGUGCAUACG